AUGGCCUCCUUGAGCUCCUUGGACUCGGACUCCCUCUCUACUCCCCUUCCCACGCCUCCUUCCACUUGCCUUCUUCCCCCCUUCUCCUUUCCUUCCUCUCAGGCGAGUAUUCCUGACCUCGCCUAUCUCGCUCUACCCUGUCCUGCCGCUGCUGGUCUUCUCGCUUCCUCUCUUCUGCCCCCGAAGCAUGUAGUGAUCCUCGCCUGUCCUCCCUGCGGUACCCCUCUUUGUGCUCUCUUCCCUUUUGCAUUGAGUCCCACCCCUCUUCUUCACCAUCGCUACGCUCUCCCUCCCUCGGCAGCCCCAAACCUCACCAGUCACCCCUCGCCACGCGCCGCCUGCGCUCAUACUUCUCCCUCGGCUCGGGCGAGCGGAAUGCUCCAGUGGGCGCCUGACAACUCCUCUCUCUUCCUAGAGGCUCCCUGGCCCUUCCUUGGUGGCGUCACGUCUUACGUCUCCCCGCAUCAUUGGGAACACUUCGUCUUCGGCGUCGUUGCGCCUUCCACUGCCCCGCGCAGUGGGGGGUCCCUCGCCUUUGGCGCCGUCGCGCGUUCCGCCUCCCCGCGCAGUGGGGGGUCCCUCGCCUUCGGCGCCGCCGUGCCUUCCACCUCCCAGCGCAGUGGGGGAUUCUUCGCCUUCGUCACCGUCGCACGUUCCGCCUCCCCGCGCAGUAGGGGAUUCGCCUUCGUCACUGUCACGCGUUCCGCCUCCCCGCGCAGUAGGGGAUUCGCCUUCGUCACCGUCGCGCGUUCCGCCUCCCCGCGCAGUGGGGGAUUCUUCGCCUUCGUCUCCGUCGCGCCUUCCACCACCCCGCGCAAUGGGGGAUCCUUCGCCUUCAGUCUCUUCUCGAUCACUGCUGCCCCGCGCGACUGGGGCUUCUUCAAUUUCUUCCUCCCCAUCGUCAUCGCUCGCCGAGUCCAUCUCCACGUCGUUGUCGCGACGCCUUCCAUCCAUUCCGCGCCGGCAUCCUGCCAGAUCCCACGGAUCGCUGGUCGCGGGCCGCCUCCCGGGCUCCGAUCUGACGUGCAGAUCCGCUCCGCGUCCUCCAGUGCGCACGCCCACUGGCGUCACCAGAUCUGCGCGAUACGCCGCCCUCCUUGGCGAGCGCGUCGGCGACCUGCCUCACUCCCUUGA